GAAACACCUCAGACCACACAUCCGUGCCAGCAUGGAGGUCCACCUGCUGCUCUUGCUAGCUCUGGAGACACUGUGGGCAGCAGGCAUCACGUUUGGGACCCACAUCAUUGGGGGUCGAGAGGCAGCUCCACACUCUCGCCCGUACAUGGCCUCUCUACAGAAAGCCGGGUCCCAUGUGUGCGGGGGAGUCCUCGUGCAUCCAAAGUGGGUGUUGACGGCUGCCCACUGCCUGUCCGAACCGGUACAGCAUCUGAAGCUGGUGCUAGGCCUGCACCAGCUCCAUGACUUGCGAGAUCCCGGCCUCACCUUCCACAUCAAGGUGGCCAUCAAGCACCCUGGCUACAACCUCAACUAUGAAAACGACCUGGCGCUGUUAAAGCUGGAUGGAUGGUUGCGGCCCAGCAGGAAUGUCCAGCCGCUGGCUCUGCCCAGAAAGAAUCAAGCCAGGCCGGCAGAAGGUGCUCGGUGCAGCACCGCUGGCUGGGGAAGGACCCACCAAGGUGGGCCCCUAGCCCGUGCCCUGCAGGAGCUGGAGCUGCGUGUCCUGGACACCCGCAUGUGUAACAACAGCCGCUUCUGGAACGGUGCCCUCGAGGACAGUAUGCUGUGCUUGGAGGCGGCAGCCAGGAGCCAGGCGCCAUGCAAGGGUGACUCUGGAGGACCCCUGGUGUGUGGCAGAGGCCAGGUGGAUGGGAUCCUGUCUUUCAGCUCCAAAAGCUGCACAGACAUCUUCAAGCCCCCUGUGGCCACCGCUGUAGCCCCCUACAUACCCUGGAUCAGGAAGGUCAUCCGUCGUUGACCUGAUGACCUGGACACGCUCGCUGACCAGGGUGGGAAGGGACUAGGUGUAC